GCCGAAAGUUUUGUAUCCGGUGUAUAAGGUAGUGUUGACAUCAUCCCCGCAUUUCUUGAGCAUUUUCAUUAACUAGCCGAUCAGAAAGGGCAGUUACGUACUGGAAUUCAGGAUAUCAGACACAUUAGGCAGUGGUAACGUUACUUCAGAUCAGAUGUACACGAAACUGCAACAGUGCCCAGUUUGGGCUACAGAGUGAAACCAUAAAUCUAGGCUGCUUGUGGUCUUGCUUGUGUUAGCUCGGGAAUCGAAUGUCCCUUUGUGUAGCUCAGGGAUGGCAAGUCAUUUCCGCAGCUACAUCUGGGAUCCAGUCCUCAUCGUCUCCCAAAUUAUCCUGAUGCAAUGCAUCUACUACAGUUUCUUGGGCCUCUGGUUGGCAGGUGUAGAUGGACUUGUGCAGACCAACAGAUCCCUUGACCAGAUAUUCAGUUAUGAGGUUCUCGGUUUUUCAACAACACAUGGACGGCUCUCAAUGAUGGCAUAUAUUCUGAACUCUUUAACAUGCGCACUGGGCUUGUGGUUCUUCAUUCGCCGGGGUAAGCAGUGCUUGGACUUCACUGUCACAGUGCAUUUCUUCCACAUGAUUGGCUGCUGGAUAUAUAAUUCUCACCUUCCAGCCGCCCUGUCAUGGUGGCUGGUUAAUGUGGCAUGCAUAGCCUUGAUGGCAGUCAUCGGUGAGUACCUCUGUAUGCGGACAGAGCUCAGGGCCAUCCCAGUGAACAGUGGACCCAAGUCAAACCUCUGAGAGCUCAUCUAUAAACAGACACUUUGCUCAGACCAGCCUUGGGCUGUGGAUAAACUGAUAGAUGUGAUGUCAUGUCCUGAAGCAGUGUUAACUUUUUGCUUCUGUGGGGAAAUGUGGACUCAAAAUACUUCCUUUUUGAUAUUUAGAAUUUGUCACUGUAUUUCAUUCAUAAUCAUGAAAAAGUAAUGGGGGCUAAUUGGACAUUUUAAGGGCUCUUUAAACACGGGGUCUUAAUGUAGGUAUUGAAAUUAGUAGCUUCAGAAUGACACUGAUGCAGAACUGAAUCCUGCACGCCACUAUGUGGCAGCACUUUUUAGUUUCAAUGGACUGCUUUAAACAUUUAGAGUUGGAUAUAAAAGCCUGAAGAACAGCCAGAUCUCAAAUUAGAACUUUGUGUUUGUCCUACUGAAUAAUUAUAAGUUGAUUAAAAUAAAUAAUCUGCUUAUCUGCCUUCUGGUCAAUAUGAAAUUCUAUUUCAUAAAUGAAGAAUUGUUUUUAUUUACUAAGUAAAUCUUAUAGUCUCCAUUCCCGGAGGAAGGGGCGCUGAUCCUACUUACUCCUAAGUUACAUCUGUUCUCUCAUGAUGUAUUUGGAGCCAGACACCACAGAGACUUUAAAAUGACAAGAUGCUGUCAUAUUUACAGAUCAGUAAUGCAGAUUCUCCCCUCACAGACCCAAGAAAGACAUUUCUAACAUUAAGCUGCUGAGUUGCUGCACAGGGCUGCAGUUCAUUUGAAUUCUGCUGUAUACAUGAGUGAUAUUCAUGCACAUUAUUUCCUUAUGUAUAAAGUUUCACCUUGUAAAGACUGUCAGGAAUGUGGAAAAAAAAAAGGGAGAGCCAAAUAGUCCUGAUUUUUCAUACUUUAGAGAUUAAUACAUUUUUUGCUAGUAUUUAGUGUUUUGUGAGAUAUUACAGGCAAUGAAGUCUUUUGUCUGAGAUUAUAUUUCCUCUGGCAUGACUUGAGUCUGAAUAAUUAAGGUCAAAACAUAAAUGAGAUUUAACAAUGUGAGAUACAAUUUUAAAGUUGUCCAAGUCAAUGUAAUAGAAGUGUCUUCACAGAAAUGGCUCUAGAGAGCCAUUAAGCUGCUAAAUGGCUCUAGAGAGCCAUUUAGGUUACUUUUACACUUAAUUUUGUGGUACAAGAUUUUCUGAUCUCUAACCACACACAGUUGUAUAAGUGUAAAUAAAGUCAUGUAAAUGCA